AUGCGCGUGCUCUGCCACCUGCAGCAAUUCCACGUGUCUGCUGCAGCAGCAGCAGCAGAAGAGGGAACAGCAGCAGCAGCAGGGCAGCACGGAGGGAGACUACUGAAGGAGAGCUACAACUCAAGCCUGCUGCUGCUGCAGCAAGCAGCAGCAGCAAAUCCUGCUGUUGCUGCUCAGCUUGUCCUCGCCUUCUUCCAGCUGCUGUGUGAGGUCUCUGCUGCACGAGCAGGGGAGAGUGCCAGCAGCAGCAGCAGCAGCAGCAGCAACAGCAGCAGCAGCAGCAGUAGCAAGAGCAGCAGCAGCAGCAGCAGCAGCAGCGCCAAGGCCAGAACACCCGUGUCUCCUCCCUCUGCAGCAGCAGUAGCAGCAGCAGCAGCAGCAGCAGCACGAGAUGAAUCAUCAGCAGGAAUAACCAGCAGCAUGCUGAAGUCUUUGCUGCAGCAGCUUGCGCACCAGCAGCAGCAGCAGCAGCAGCAGCAACAGCAGCAGCAGCAGCAGCAGCAGCGGGGUGAUAGUUGA